AAAAACUUAAUGGUUAAGUGAGCCUCUACUGCCAAGCUCCAAAGUACAGUCUUUAAAGAAAUGUGGUUUCGUGUUAAGAACAGAAACCUGGAGUUCGGACAAUCUGGGUUCUUUUUGCAGUUCUGCCACAGCCUUUCUUCUGCCUUGAGCGAGAUAUCUUGAGAUCUGGAUUUCAGAGAAAGCGUGACUAUGAAGGGUUUCUGUGUUCUCUGCUGUUGCCUGCGGAAUCUCGAACCUCUGCUUUUGCCUUGAGAGCCUUCAAUGUGGAACUGGCUCAGGCAGAUUAAAGACUCCAUAACUCAGAAGACUACUGGUUUGAUGCGGAUGCAGUUCUGGAGGGAGGCUGUGGAAGACAUAUACUGUGACAACCCACCACAUCAGCCAGUUGCUACAGAACUAUGGAGGGCUGUCAAGAGACAUAAGUUGACUAAAAUGUGGUUCAUGAAGAUCAUUGAUGAAAGAGAGAAGAAUUUGGAUGAUAGGGCAUACCGUAACAUCCAGGAGCUCGAAACAUAUGCUGAGAACACUCAGAGUGCUCUGUUGUACCUCACCUUGGAAAUGCUGGGUGUGAGGGACAUCCAUGCUGACCAUGCAGCCAGUCACAUUGGGAAAGCACAAGGCAUAGUUACCUGUUUAAGAGCAACUCCGUAUCACAGUACAAAACAAAAGGUCUUUCUUCCCAUGGACAUUUGUAUGUUGCAUGGAGUUUCACAAGAGGAUUUCAUAAGGGGCAAGCAAGAGAAAAAUGUGAGAGAUGUAAUUUAUGACAUUGCCAGCCAGGCCCAUAUUCAUCUAGAACAUGCUAGAUCUUUCAGUAAGAAAGUUCCCGCGAAGGCGUAUCCUGCUUUUUUCUGUACGGUUGCUUUAGAUGAUUUUUUACAUAACAUGCGAAAAGUGGACUUCAAUAUAUUUCAUCCAAGCUUGCAAAAGAAGAGUACGUUAUUACCGUUGCAUUUGUAUAUUAGAUCUUGGAAAAAGACAUAUUAAAGUUUGGGGUUUUUUUUAA